UGCAGCUGUGCAGAGUUACUGCAGUCAGUGUGAGAGCCGCUCUGCCAGCAUGAAGAAAGUUUACAGUCUAGUGAACAUAACUAAAGCCAAGGACCAGGAGGCCGUGCAGUCCAUCUGCAUCAAGCAAAUACAGUUCAAUGACCAGAAGCACGAAUUCAACAAACGUCCCGCCAACAUAGGUCGUCGCUCUUUGUCUCGAUCCAUCUCGCAGUCGUCUACUGACAGCUACAGUUCAGCGUGCAGCGGGAGCUCUGAGGAUGAGUCCUCUCCCCGAGACAAACCUCAGGCGACCUCAAAAGGCCUUUCUGACUUCUGCAUCAAAAACAUCCAGCAGGCUGAAUUUGGACGCAGAGAAAUAACGAUCGCAGAGCAAGAAAUGCCAGCGCUGAUGAUCCUGACGAAAAGAGCAGGAGGAGAGAAACCUCUGGCAGGAGCCAAAGUGAUGGGCUGCACACACAUCACACCACAGACAGCGGUGCUGAUGGAGACUCUCUCUCGGUUGGGGGCUCAGUGUCGCUGGGCGGCCUGUAACAUCUUCUCCACUCAGAACGCUGUGGCUGCUGCUCUGGCUGAAGGAGGCAUAUCAGUGUUUGCGUGGAAAGGAGAAUCAGAGGACGACUUCUGGUGGUGUAUUGACCGGUGUGUCGGAGCUGAGAGCUGGCAGCCCAACAUGAUCCUGGAUGACGGAGGAGACCUAACCUACUGGAUCCAGAAGAAGUACCCGAGCAUUUUCAAGAAGUUGAAAGGCAUCGUGGAGGAAAGUGUUACAGGAAUCUAUCGGUUAUACCAGCUGUCAAAGGCAGGCAGGCUGUGUGUGCCGGCCAUGAACGUUAACGACUCGGUGACUAAGCAGAAAUUUGACAACCUUUACUGCUGCAAGGAGUCCGUACUGGAUGGGUUGAGGAGAACCACUGACGUCAUGUUUGGAGGAAAGCAGGUGGUGGUGUGCGGAUAUGGGGAGGUUGGAAAAGGUUGCUGUGCUGCUCUGAAAGCAUUGGGUACUGUUGUCAACGUCACAGAAGCGGAUCCCAUUUGUGCCCUUCAGGCCUGCAUGGAUGGCUUCAGAGUGAUUCAACUGGGUGAAGUGGUCAGACAGGUGGACAUGGUCAUCACAUGCACAGGCAAUAAAAACGUGGUUGGUAGGGAACAUAUGGACAGAAUGAAGAAUGGCUGCAUAGUCUGCAACAUGGGACACUGCAGCACUGAGAUAGAUUUGGUAAGUCUACGAACAGCGGAGCUGAGGUGGGAGCGUGUGAGGCCUCAGGUGGAUCAUGUUAUCUGGCCUGAUGGCAGGAGAAUCGUCCUGCUGGCUGAGGGCCGUUUGCUGAAUCUGAGCUGCUCCACAGUGCCCUCUUUUGUCCUCUCCAUCACUGCUACGACUCAGGCUCUGGCUCUCAUAGAGCUUUACAGUGCUCCAGAAGGACGUUACAAACAGGACGUCUACCUGCUGCCAAAGAAAAUGGAUGAAUAUGUGGCCAGUCUUCACCUGCCAACGUUUGACGCUCACCUCACAGAGCUGACUGAUGAACAGGGCAAGUACCUGGGCAUCAGCAAACAUGGACCCUACAAACCCAACUACUACAGGUAUUAACCCUCUGGAUAUAAAGCUAUUGUGGAUUUGAUGUUGGAUGAAAACCUGCAGACAGAGCUCUGACGCCCUCUACAGUCCCACACUGACACAGACACGAUGUUACACAAACUUUGACUGAUUAUUUGUGUAUGGGUUUUAUGUCAUCAACUAUUUCUGGUUAUGAAUGUUAAUAGUGUCAAGAAUGUAAUCACAGUGAAUUAUUAAUUGAAUGUUAACAAGUCAUAAUAGUAAAAAAUACAUACAAAUUCUGAAUGGGAAUUAUGUAUUCAAUUGUUUGAAAAUAUAAUUUACUUACCGGAGCAGCAAUCGUUAAUGUAUUUUUAGGAGACCACAAGUAGAAUGAUAAGAAAUAAUUGAACAGCAGUGUUUGACAGCAGAAUAUCUACAGAUUACCUAUGAAGAGGAAAUGCAUGUAAGCAUUCAUACAAUAUUACAAUAGAAGAGCAUAUUUAGUCAUAAUUGAUGCUUUUCCCAAUUGUGUAAAACCAUUACAACAGCAUGGACAGUAUUUUAAGGUUAAUGUCAAUGUUCAUUACAAAGACACAACCUCACAGGUCUACAUAUUUUAUAUUAAAUCAUACUUUUUUUCAAUGAUUUAUGGUCAAACCUACAGGGCGAAGAAUGUAAAAAUGUUGUUACAAUUAAUUUUGAGACCUUUCAUAGAAAUUCAUCUAAAACAUCAUGUUAUCAAUAAUCGUUCAUUUCAUUAAAUAAAUACAUUUUA